AUGCCGCUCUCGCCGCGCGUUUACACCUGGCUCUGCGGGUGUUUUGCAGCCCUUGGAUCGAUUCUUUUCGGAUAUGACUUGGGUGUCAUCUCUUCCAUCUUACCAGGAAAGCCCUUCCUCGCCCAAAUGGGCCCCGACGCCUCAACACAGAACCCCACCUCGCAAGGCUUCAUCGUCUCCCUGCUCGUCCUCGGUGCGCUGUUUGGGUCCGUCCCGGCCGGACUAUUGGGUGACUACCUCGGAAGGAGGAGGGCCAUCAUGGGCAGUACGGUGGUCUUCAUGGUAGGAGGGAUAUCGCAGACGGCAGCUCAGAACCUUGCUACCCUCAUGGUUGGGCGGUUCUUGGCUGGAUUCGGUAUCGGUAUGCUUGCGACUCUCGCGCCAAUUUAUCAGAGCGAGAUUGCACACCCUAGCAUCAGGGGAAAGCUUAUCACACUCACACAAUUCCUCCUCGGUAUAGGCGCAUUCGUGGCUUCCUGGAUCGGUUACGGUGCCUUCUUCUGGCAAGAUCAACGCCAAUGGCGUGUUCCCUUCGGUAUCCAGAUCGUUCCCGCCGUGCCCCUCUUCCUUUUCAUCCUCUUCUUCCCCGAAUCGCCACGGUGGCUCGCAUCCAAGGGUCGACAAGAAGAGGCCUUAUCAAACCUGGCCCGUCUGCACGCACAUGGGAAUAUCGAUGACCCAUUUGUGGUGGCUGAGCUUGAAGAUAUUAACGCGGCAUUGAAGAGGGAGGCGGAGAUUGGGCAAGUCUCAUGGGGAGAGCUGUUCUUUGUGCCGUCCAAUUUCCGCAGGCUUGCGCUGGGUUUCGUUCUCCAGUUCUCAGUACAGAUGACCGGCGUCUCCGCGAUCCAAUACUACAGCCCUCAGAUAUUCUCAGCCAUCGGUUUCCAAGCGCACCAGACUCUGCUUGUUCAAAGUAUCAAUAGCGUGAUCGCCCUGAUCGGAGAAGCCUGUUGUGUCCUGUUCGUUGACGCCCUCGGACGUCGGAAGCCCCUCAUCUGGGCAAAUUUGCUCGACACGAUCUGGUUCAUCGUUGCAACCGCCAUCAUGGCCAACUACCCCAACAUCAGUGGCCAGGUGGCGGCGGGUUGGAUAUUCAUCCUCAUGACAUGGGCUUUCAAUUUCUGUUUCUCUGCGGCUAUUGGACCACUGUCGUGGGCAUACCCAGCCGAGAUAUUCAACACUCGCACACGUGCCAAGGGGACGAGUCUGACGAGCAUGUCCGCUUGGGUCAGUAACUUUAUGAUUGCGGAGGUCACACCCAUCGCGUUCAAGAAUGUUCAAUGGAGGUACAUGAUGGUCUUUGCCAUUUGCUCGUUCACGAAUGCUGUGACCAUGUGGGCGUUUUAUCCCGAGACAGCUGGGAGGAGAUUGGAGGAGAUGGACGAAUUGUUUGAGACUACUCCAGCAUUUGUGGCGUUCCACAAAGAAGCAACGAAGAUCAUGAAGGGCCGCGAAGCGGAGGAGGCGCUCACUCAAGGAGUACUCCGUCAUGAGAUGAGCAUUCGCAGAGACGAAUAUUCGCCGGAGAAGGAUCAUUCACAGCAUAUUGACACAAUGGCUUAG